UGCUACGAUUGGCAUAUAGACCCAAAAAUAUGCUAGCCAACAAGUAAAGGCUCAUUCAAUCGUAGUUUGUCGACCAACACGGGUUUCACUAACAACGGUAUAUUUUCUUGCCGACGGUCUGUCAUUUUUUCACACACACAUACAAAAACAAAUAUACAUAAAUACAUACAUACAAUAUAGAAACAAUAGUGACAGCAUUAAGCGAAAAAAUAUAAAGCUUUGAUAAAUCGAAACAUUGUAGCCAUACAAAAACCAAACGCAUACCAAACACACAAAAAUGUGAAAAAUUUCAAGAAAAUAUGUUUUAAAAUUGCUUAAAGUUUGAUUUUACGACGAAUGCAAGCAGACGCAAUGAGAAGCGGAAGUUGAAAAAUACAUAUUAACAACGGAGAAAACUAGGAAUCGUUGGCGUAUGCGAAAGCUGCCGAAUAGCGUACAUACACACAUACUAUAUACAUAGAAAUGUACAUAUGUUAAGGCGAACGACUAAAACGAAUUGAAAGCGCAUAAGAAACGAAUUUGAUAACAAUCUUCAUUUAUGGUCGGUCGGUCGGCGCUGGGGCUUAAAGGAAAACGAACAACGAACAUACCAAUUUCUUUACAACUUUUGAUAAAUAUACACAGAUUAGAGAGCACAAAUUAAUUAAGUAGCAGCCACAGCCGAAAUUACUACUGCGAGGAGUGCGUAGCAUGAAGUGUUAAAGCAAGCAAACAAAAACAACAAAACGCAAAAGGCAGGCAGACAGCCUUGCAGCGCAUCUAUUGACUACAGCGAAGUUUUGGAAGAAAUCUGUAAAAAUUUUUGUCCACAUGAAUAUGCUACAUACGUUCAGUGGCAGUGGCGGUGGCGGGGGAGGCGCUCAUUUUGGCGAUACGGGUGACACCGAGCUAAAGGAGCGCCUAAUCGCCACCGUUAAGAAGGAGGUCAAGCAGCUGAUGGAAGAGGCUGUCACCAAAAAGUAUAUACACGAAGAAAGCAGCUCGGUGACAUCCCUAUGCGGCGCUGUAGAGGCAUGUCUCAGUCAUGGUUUGCGACGACGUGCUUUGGGUCUCUUCAAAACCUCUUCAACGACAGCGUUGAUACAGAAGAUUGCCCGAACUUGUCCCGAAGCGGAUUAUAUUAAUCGCUGUUUGUUGGAAAUCGAAAUGGUCAAUGAGACGCAUACGAUCUCCGGCAAACGGUCUUCUUCCAGCAGUGAUAGUAUUAUCAAGCCGAAGUUGCUCAGCAAGGGUAGCAGUAAUUCGGUGACGACCAUCAAUACGAUGUCGUCGACAACUAGUGGCUGUGCCAUAACGGUAGUGAAAUACUUGUGGAUACGCUUGGCGCUAUAUGAGCGUCGUCUGUCCAAAAUAAUUGAGUAUUUGGUCAACAAUGCCAAUAAUUUCUACGAUCGUGAUGCGCUGGUCGCCGAUCCAGAUUAUGGCUCCAUACUUAGUUCGCUGCUAGUCGGACCAUGUGCGUUGGAGUUUACACGCGCCAAGACACCGGACCACUAUUGGUCGGACCCACAUGCGGAUGAACUUGUUCAGCGUCACCGCAUUAGUUCCGGCAAUCGCACACCGCCGAUAGUACAUCGUCCCAUCAUCAAUUUCAAGCGUAGUUUGCAUACAAGCUCUGAAGACACCAGCAGCGGCUCGUAUAAAGCGAGUUCGCCUGCCAGCGUCGCUAAGGAUUAUGUUGAGUCCUUGCAUCAGAACUCCAAAACUACACUUUUGUAUGGCAAAAAUAAUGUGCUAGUAUUGCCGAAGGACGUCAACGAACCAAUGCCGGGUUAUUUGAGUCUCCACCAAACGGUGCAGUUCCUCACCAUUAAAUGGACACCGAAUCAACUGAUGAACGGUUACAAUGAAGCUGAUGGCACCGAUAAAAGUUUCUACUGGGCCUAUGCGCUCAAUAUAAAUGUCGAUGAGAUUGUCUAUGUUCAUUGUCAUCAGAAUCGUGGCGAAGACACUGGCGGCACUAUAAUAUUAGUGGGUCAAGAUGGUGUACAGCAGCCACCUAUACACUUUCCUGAAGGUGGUCACAUGCAAGCUUUUCUGAGUUGUCUGGAGACUGGCUUGCUACCGCAUGGACAAUUGGAUCCACCGCUUUGGUCUCAACGUGGCAUUGAGAAAAUGUUUCCAUGGCCGAAGAGUGUACGCCGCCGCAUAUUACCCUCUGUGAUGGAAUCCACCGAUGAAACACCAAUCGAUUAUGUCUUCCGUGUGGUGAGCAAAAGUCAGCAUGAAGAGUUUUUGGCGACACAUCCCAUUUUGGAAUUGGGUCGCACCAGCCCACGACGCAAGCAUUUGAGUAGCUGUUCCACAACUGGCAGUAGUGACUGUUCCAGCAAGAGUUUAUCCAUGGAACAGAGUGGUGGCGACUCUCCACAGAUCCAAGCUAGUCAAACUGCGAGUAUUGAGCUGGUAUGCUCCACGAUGCGUCGUCAAAUAAUAUCUCGAGCAUUCUAUGGUUGGUUAGCUUAUUGUCGUCAUUUGUCGACGGUGCGCACGCAUCUCUCUGGUUUGGUUAAUGGACGCAUCACACCGGACUUGGCGGCUGAUGAGCAGGGUCUAACCAAAGAAAAGUGGGCGGAACUUCAAGUGGAUGGCGUGGUAACCAGUGAUAUCGAAGUCUUCCGUUUGGUCUACUUCGGCGGUGUGCAGCAUGAGAUACGCAAAGAAGUCUGGCCGUAUCUUUUGGGGCAUUACAGCUUUGGUUCCACACCGGAAGAGCGCGAGAAGUACGACGAUACCUGUAAGCAUUACUACGAAACAACAAUGAGUGAGUGGCUGGCCGUCGAGGCGAUUGUGCGCCAACGUGAGAAAGAGAAGAAUGCACAAGCUGUGGCCAAGUUGUCGGCUGAGAAAUACAGACGCGUGGGCAAACCAGUAUGUCGGCAACAUGAAAUGGAUGGCGAAGAUGUGGAGAAUGAUGUAUUCGAAGAUAAUGAUAUUUCCGAUAUGUCCGAUCCAGGUGAGGAUUUCGAUGAGGAUAUACCAAAUGAGAAAGACGAAGAUGAGUGCAUCAGCGCUGCUAAAGGUGAAAAGUACAAAAACAAUAGCACCACCGACUCCGGUAAUGUGGAAGAGGAUAUUGAGACAGCUGAUAUCGGUGAACCAACGAAUGACAGUGAACAACAACCGGAAGAGGAUAGUACAAAUGCAGUAUUAGUGGUAGAGCAAAGUGAACGCAUUAUAGUGGAACUCGAAGAUAUGGAGGCAAUGGAGCCGUUGGAGCUGCAGGAGAAUUGCUUCGCUGAUACUGACAACGAGGCGGGUUUGACACCUGAACACGGUGGUGGUAUCUUACUGCUGAGCGUGAAGAGUUCACCAUCAACCUCGUCAUAUGAGACCGUUGGCAAUGAAUUCACCGAUAUCAUCGAUCUGGCAACACCAAUGAAUGUUGUGGCUGAGUCGGAGACCAUGAAUUUCGGCGCGGUUAUAGAAGAUGUUGAGCCCGAGGAGGAUGUUUCCUCGCAUGUGACGAAAUUUCACAGCGCCGACGAUUUACGUCGUGCAAUGGAUGAGUUCACUGUCAGCGUCGUUGAGCAAGUGCGCGAUGCCGAGUCAAUACCAACACAUGCGGUGAUUAUAACCGAGGCGGCAUCAUUGGAUGCGCUGCAAUGUGACGAUGAUCUCACCGAUGAAAUGUCACGUAAGACAAGUCUCAUCUCACCGAUGAACGAGGAUAUAACGGUGGUGGCUUCACUGGAUGCACUACAGGAACCGAAAUCAGCGUGCGUGUCCCCUGCCAGCAGUAACGGUGGUGUAUAUAGUAGUGAGUUGUUGGAAUCGUUCGGUUUGAACUUGCAUCGCAUUGAAAAGGACGUGCAACGUUGCGAUCGCAACUACUGGUAUUUUGCUAACGAGAACUUGGAUAAACUCAGGAAUGUCAUAUCGACUUAUGUGUGGGAACAUUUGGAAGUCGGCUAUAUGCAGGGCAUGUGUGAUUUGGUCGCACCUUUGCUCGUGAUAUUUGAUGACGAGUCACUCUGCUAUAGCUGUUUCUGCAAGCUUAUGGAGCGCAUGAUCGAGAACUUUCCGAAUGGCGGAGCCAUGGAUAUGCAUUUUGCGAAUAUGCGUUCCCUCAUACAAAUUUUGGACUCGGAGAUGUAUGAUCUAAUGGACUCGAAUGGCGAUUACACACAUUUCUAUUUCUGCUAUCGCUGGUUCUUGCUGGAUUUCAAGCGAGAGUUGGUCUAUGAUGACGUCUUUGCGACAUGGGAAGUGAUUUGGGCGGCAAAACAUGUGGCCUCCAGUCACUUUGUGCUCUUCCUCGCUCUGGCGCUACUGGAAACUUAUCGUGAUAUAAUAUUGUCGAACAGCAUGGAUUUUACGGAUGUCAUCAAGUUCUUCAACGAAAUGGCUGAGCGGCACGAUGCACGUUCCAUAUUGCAAUUGUCCAGGAGUCUUGUAUUGCAAUUGCAGACAAUAAUCGAAAAUAAAUAAACAACUAACCUACAUGCAAACAUAAACUAAGGAAAAACAUACAAGAAAGACAUAGAAAUACAUAUGAACAUAAACAUAAAUAACAAUAUAACUAGAGUUAUUAAGAAAUCAGCAGUAAAAGUAGGCAAGUAGUUGAAAAUUGGCGGCCAUUUUAGUUGUCACCAGCAGCAAUUGACUGUUAAGUAGCUGAGCAUUACUGUAGUGUAGUGGAGAGUAGCCGCUUGCACCUAGAAGAAACUGUAGAGUAGUGCCACACACAUACUGGCUAUAAAAGAAGUGAAGAGUUAAGAAAAUACAAAUUGAAAAAAUUGUCAAAUAAGUGUUGCCACCUGUUAAAUUUUUUUAUUUUUUUUUUACUUUUCUUUUACACUAUAAUUUAAUAUUUUUUAAAGUUAUUGAACACAAAAUGCAAUCGAUUUUUUAAAUAAUUGUUGCCACCUUUUAAAAAAAAAUAU